UUGGAUCUGGCUGCCCUUUCCACAGAGCAUUCUCAGUACAAGGACUGGUGGUGGAAAGUGCAGAUUGGAAAAUGUUACUACAGGUUAGGAAUGUAUCGUGAAGCAGAAAAGCAAUUUAAAUCAGCUCUGAAGCAGCAGGAAAUGGUAGAUACAUUUCUCUACUUGGCAAAGGUUUACACCUCAUUGGAUCAACCUGUGACUGCUUUAAACCUUUUCAAACAAGGCUUAGAUAAGUUUCCAGGAGAAGUAACCCUACUUUGUGGAAUUGCCAGGAUCUAUGAGGAAAUGAACAAUAUCUCAUCGGCCUCCGAAUACUACAAAGAAGUUUUGAAACAGGACAACACUCACAUGGAGGCCAUUGCAUGCAUUGGGAGCAACCACUUUUAUUCUGAUCAACCAGAAGUCGCCCUCCGCUUCUACAGGCGCCUCCUGCAGAUGGGCGUUUAUAACUGCCAGCUCUUCAACAACCUGGGGCUCUGCUGCUUCUAUGCCCAGCAGUACGACAUGACGCUGACCUCAUUCGAACGUGCCCUUUCUCUGGCUGAAAACGAAGAAGAGGCAGCUGAUGUCUGGUACAACCUGGGACAUAUAGCUGUGGGAGUGGGAGACACGAAUCUGGCCCACCAGUGCCUCAGGCUGGCUCUGGUCAACAACAACCACCACGCCGAGGCCUACAACAACCUAGCCGUGCUGGAGAUGCGGAAGGGCCACGUGGAACAGGCAAGAGCGCUGCUGCAAACUGCGUCAUCUUUAGCACCCCACAUGUAUGAGCCGCAUUUUAAUUUUGCAACAAUCUCUGAUAAGAUUGGAGAUCUACAGAGAAGUUAUGUUGCUGCUCGGAAGUCUGAGGCCGCAUUUCCGGAUCACGUGGACACCCAGCACUUAAUUAAACAGUUAAAGCAGCACUUUGCUAUGCUCUGAUUGCUCCUUAGACCAAGUGUGUUUUUAUGAUGGGGCAUUAUAUGAGGGAAAAAGAAGUGUGUUUAUUUACAUAUGUGAUACAAACCUGUGCUUGAUAUUAGUGAGGAUGACACGAGGGAGUUUAAACAAGAAUGUAAAUUAAAACUUUUAUAAUAACUUUGUAAUAUUACAAAAGACAGGAUUUCAGCAUUUGUAAGUAGAUCAUGAAGCCUUCUCCCACAUUAUAUAGUGGAUGUUUAUAAUGUUUAUAAACC